UUUGAAGUCGUCUGGGGCAAAUCACGCCGGACCCGGGACCUGGUAACGUGCAGAGAGUUCCUCCGAUUUUUUAGAAGACGCAUUUUAAUUAUUUUAAACAUUUUUAUUAACAUUUAUUCAAAUUCAUUAAUGAAACCUGGUGCGAUUUUCAACAAUAAUAAAUUAUAGUUAAAGAUUCUAUCAAAAUAAUUAAAGUUCUGUGUUCUCUCGGCAUAAGUGACAAGUGACUUUCAGAUUAAAGUGCACGUUCAGUGUUUAUUUGAAAAAACAAAGAAAUAAACAAGCAUUCUUAUUGGGCGCGUGGGAAAUUUUGUAAUGAGUGAUUGUUCAGAUUUUUUUUUUUGAAGGCUGAGAAACUUGGAUAAAUAUUUUCUAAGAUGGGUCUUUUAUUUUGCGGAUUUAUUCUUAUGGUGCUUGUGUCGAAUAUUGAAAGUGAACGUUGUCCAGGCUAUGGAUGUCCUCUUGCUCCACCAAUCAACGAACCAUUUGUUCCAGCACUACCUGGCCAUACCCCAAGAUGUGCAAAACCGGGUCAGACUUUUUGUGAAGUUUUGGAUCACUAUCCAGAACACCUUAUAAAGUUGCUGGUCGAAAAAUGCACAUUCGAUUUCAAAGCAAUCCUGAGGGACGAGGCACCUGUCAGUUUUAAUUCAUACAGGAGAGAUCCAGAUUAUCAUCAAGGUUAUGAAUACCACAAGCCAGCAGUUCCUCAAAUUUAUUCUCCAACCCUGCCAUUUCUUCAAUCUCACUAUAAUUUUCGACAACCAGUUUAUGGUCCACCAUUUAACGGGACUUAUCAAAGAAGAUUUCAUCAGCCAAGAUCGAAAAGAAAUCCUUUUUUACCACCGAAUCCAUCGGUAUUGGAACAGCAAGAUUUCAGACAACAGUCUGAUCAUUACCAAUAUUUGCAGCCUUUUGAACCACUGAAUCUGGACCAAAGCUUAUGGACAAACAGAUUUGCACGUGAAAACGAAGUAGGCGUAGCAUCGCGAACACGUCGUAAAAAUCCUCUGCUGGAAUUUACGAAUAAAAAAAACGACCGAGCAAAAAGGCAAAACCAAAAUGUAAUUUCCAUUUGUCCAACUGAGCCAAAUUUUCUAACUCCUCGAGCUGCUCUCAACAAUCAGGGUAACUGGAUGUUUGUCGUCAAUGUCGAGGAAAUGGAUAAAAAGUAUUCUCAAGUCAUCAUGAGUGAAGUUUGCCAAACUGAUACGUGUAACGCUUUGUGCUCACUUCCAAAUGGUUACACGAGCAGAUGCGAGCAGCAAUACGUGCAAAAAAGACUCUUGGCCCUCGAGGGAAGCGGCAACCGCUUAUACACGGAUGUUUUUUGGUUUCCACACGGUUGCAUGUGCCAAGUCACGUCGAAGCCUGAAGGCUGACUUAUUUUCUAAAUAAUUUUAUUUAAAAUCUACCGAUGUAGAAUUUUCAUUUUUCAAUUUACAAUUCAAAAAUCGAUUCUUUGAGAGGUCAACAUCUCGUAAAGUGAGGUGUACACUUGUAAUCAACCUGAAAUAUCUGAAGUCACUUGAAGUUGCUUGAAUUCAUUUGAAGACACUUGAAUUCUUCUGAGGAGUCUCUAGAAAUCUCCGGAAAUCAGUGAAAUUUUCUAAAGUGAUUUUGAAAGAUCCUGAAGUUUCUUGAAGUCAGAAAUAGGUGUACACCUGUUUAGUCGAGUUGUGGACCCUUCGCUAUUUUUCAAUAAUCGUUAAAUUUAUUGAAAUUUAAAAUUGAAAUUAAAAAAUUAAAUUCGAUAAUGUCUGCGAUCUGUGAUAGGCCGAAAUUUCCGAAACCAAUCGAUUGGUUACGAAAUAAACUGAAUGGAAUUUGAAAUAAUGUGCGAAUGAAAGAAAGAGUGGUGUUAUUGAUGAAUUUCUUUAUUUGCAUUUGAGUACUUGUAAUUUU